GGGGGGUGUAGGAAAGACUACUCUCGCCAAAAUCAUAUACAACCAGCUAUCACAUUGUUUUGAAGAUUGUUGCUUUCUUUCUAAUGUCGGAGAAACUUCACAGCUAAAGGGCAUUGAGUCUUUGCAAAAUCAACUAAUCUCCGACAUUCUAAAAAAAAAGUGGUCAAAGAUCAGCAAUGCUGAGGAAGGAAUGAAGAUAAUAAAAGAAAGGUUAUGUGGUAAAAAGGUUCUGGUGUUACUUGAUGAUGUUGAUCAAACGAACCAUUGGGAUGCAUUGAUAGGAAAACCUGCAUGGUUCGGUUUAGGAAGUAGGGUUAUCAUAACUAGUAGAAACAAGGAUAUUGUCGAUGUUCCCGAGGUUUGUUAUUCAUAUGAGCUUCUGAGCAUGAACUUCAACCAAUCUCUUCAACUUUUUUGCAAACAUGCUUUUGGAAAGGAUUACCCUUCGGACGAUUAUGUUGCUUUCUCCACAGAAGUGGUCAAAAGUACCGGAGGUCUUCCUCUUGCUCUUGAGGCUAUAGGUAAACUACUUCCAUGCAGAAGCAAAGAUGUUUGGGAUGUGAUAUUGAGGAAGUUGAAACAUGUUCCUCUCAAUGAAGUAAAAAGAAAGUUGAGAAUAAGUUACGAUGCCUUGGAUGAUAGGCAAAAGCAUAUCUUUCUUGAUAUUGCUUGCCUUUUCACUGGAUUUGAUCCAAGGAUAGUGCUCCGCUCGUGGAAAGAUUCCAAUCUUUUCCCGGAGGAAGGUCUCGAGGUCCUUCAGAAAAUGUCCUUGAUAAAGAUCGGCGAAGACAAUAAGUUAUGGAUGCACGAUCAGCUAAGAGGCCUUGCUAGAGACAUUGUACGUCGAGAAUGUAAUGAUGAACGAGAAAAACAGACUCAGCUGUGGAACCAUGAGGAAGGUUUGGAAAUGGUGAUGGAAACGAAGGGAAUAAAAAAUUUGAAGCUCUUUGGCGAAAGUUUGACCCUCAGUUGCUGCACCAUUUUGCGAGCGAAGAAGUUGAGAGGCCGUCUAGUCUAAGAUACCCUGAAGAGAGGGUUUUCCAGGAACAUUGGCCUUCAAAUGAUUUCCCAGCCAAUCUACAAAACAAUAUGGUUAUGCUUUCCAAGUUGAGAUGGCUUUCGUGGCAUCAUUUUCCCCUGGAAGUUAAGAUCACCAGAUUUCCCAUGAUGAACAUAGUCAUUCUGCAUUUGGGGGACUGCCCUAAUCUAAUCGAUGUUCAAAGCAUUGAAGGCUUGGCGAGUCUCAGAACUUUGAAGCUCAUAGAAAUUCCACUAUUGGAGAGGUUACCUAAUCUAUCAAACUUGAAGAAGCUCAAUGAAUUGCAUUUGGGGCACUGCCAUAAUCUAAUCGACAUCAAAAGCAUUGACGAUUUGGGGAAUCUCAGAACUUUGAAGCUCAUAGAAAUUCCACAACUGAAGAGAUUACCUGAACUGUCAAACUUGAAGAAGCUCACUAAACUUCACUUGCGGUACUGUCAUGGUCUAACUGAAAUUAAAAGUUUUGAGGGUUUGGAGAAUUUGAUGAUGUUAACGUUGGAUGAACUUCCUCUACUUGGGGGGUUGCCCAACUUAUCAAGCUUGGAGAAGCUUACACAACUUGAUGUACGACGAUGUCGUAAUCUUGUGAAGAUUCAAGGAAGAUUGGAGUCAUUGGAGUACUUGUGUAUACAAGGAUGCAGAUCUUUAGAUGAGGUGCUUGAUCCAGCUUCGAGUUUCAAGAAACUAAAAUCUUUGCGAAUACAUGAUUGCAAGAAGUUGCAUCUUGACAGUAUAUGGGUCUCGAAAUUCGAAAUAUCUGAUAGAGUAUAUGAAAAUUCAACAUGUAAGGUACUGAGUAAGAUAGGAAUUUGUGUUUGUCAGCUAGGUAGACAGUUCUUUUUGCCAUCCCUUCCAUAUUGAACACAAGCAGACAUACAAUGUACACAUUGUAUCUAAACAGAGUUGAUCAUGUCAUCUUCUUGUCAUUACAAUCUGUGUCCAAAACAAGAGAUGAUUAGGUCAUCCUCUCGUCAUACAUUAAGUGGAGAUUCCCGAAUACAA